UAUUCCCUCCGCAAGAUGUAGCUAGAGGUCUACGUUUAAAUUUUUAGAAAUGCCGCAAAACCUUGUGUGCUGUUGCGUAUACGACGUAUAGGUGAUAUAAUAAUGGACGAUGUUAAACAGCUUGUGUCAGAUUUAUCAAAGCAAUUGAGUGAUUUGCGCGAAUCCAAGGGAUGUACAUUACGUUCAUGGUCGUCGAAAGUUAACACUGGUGAUAUAUAUGCGGUGUUACCGCCAAUGGAGACGUUUAUGGGAAUUAAAGAAAAAUAUAUUCAACACAACGUCAUCAACAAAAUGGAGCUGGGUGACGUCAUCAUAGGAAAAGUUUUUAACAAAAGUGAAAAAGGAAUUUAUUUAAAAGUUUUAUGUUUUGACGCUGGAAAAAGUCAAGCAUUAGAAACAUUGGGGUUAACAGCGUUUUGUCCCCUCAGUGAAAUGGGCAGAAAGUCUAAACAUGAGGAUUUGCUUUCAAGAUAUCAUGUUGGUUGUUUUGUAAGAGGAGAGAUUAUUGAAUGUUCGGAUGAUAUUAUUGUCACGUUAAUGAGCAACAAACAUGUGUAUGGUGUGGUUGAGGAGGAUGGCUUGCCACGACCAUACACCCAUAGUUCACAUGGGUGUUAUGCAGAUAUGUUGAAACAGGAAACUGGAUUCCAAAACCCACAAUGUUUGUCGCACUUAAAAGAAAGUUUGAUCCAGAAACCGAUGUUUUCGUUCGUUUCCGAUAUUUGCGAAUUAAGUUUCCCAAUCGACGAGUUCGCCGAACAUUUAAGGAAACAACAGUCGAGUAAAGUUGCUGCCAUGAGCGUAACACGGGGUGUGGAGUUGUGUAAACAGGGAAGGGACAUCGAGGCAUUGCAGGAUCUUAAUUAUGCCCUCGAACUGGAUGGUUCAAACGUGGAUGCUUUGGUUGCGAGGGGGGCCAUCUAUGCAAACAAACUUUCCUUCACGAAAGCAAUCGCGGAUUUUGAACUUGCGUUAAAAUACGACGGCAAGAAUAAAAACGCUCAAAGUUAUUUAGUUGAGGUUUUGUUGACGAAAGCUAAAAGUGUUGAAACAUCUGGGGAAGAUGAAGUUUUGUUGAGGGAGGCGGGGAGGUUGUAUCGACGAGUGCUCGAGGUUCAACCAGGGUGUGUAGAAGCUACUACAGGGUUGGGGGGGUUGGUUAAAGUUGCCAAACCAGCCAUGGAUAAAGUUGGGGUUGAAGAUGAUAAACGUGCGACGAUCAAUAAAGUGAAACAACUCCUGGAGAAAGAUUUUGGUUGUGACGAUAAAAGUCGACACUCGAGGAGAAAAUCCUCGGUGAGCGAAGAAAGUUUUUCGACGUCGCCACGGAAACGAAGGUCACAUGAUGGCAAGUCACAUGACCGCAAGUCACAUGACCACAAGUCAAAUGACCGGCCAAAGAAACGGAAAUCUUGGAGUGAAACAAAGAAACAAUUGAAACAGGAUGAAACGAAACCCAACAAACUAAAUAAAACAAACAAAACAAUAACAAACGUGAACAAAGAAACGUUCAGCGAUAUAUUGAAACAAAUCUCGAAGUUUGAAUCAAAACACUGAGUUUUGAUAUUUUGUUGAAAAUAGUUGAUGUUUUAGACUUGUAUAAAUAAUUCGAUAUAACUUGUUAAACACAUAUUGUGUGUUUGCUAUUAGACAUAAAACAUAUAUUUAACAGA